AUGGCGUCCAACGCCUCAAUCCCGGCCCUAAUAGUGUCCAAAUCAGAAAGCACACACAACCUUGAGGAUGGCGUUCUAUUUGCACAUGAAAAUAUCCAUGUGGGCGAGACUUAUCUCAAGCUGGAUCAAACACUCUUCAAAAUUACGCCUGAUUGUGAAGAAACAACCGCCAUUAGAGGGGGAUGUGAUUACUGUUCUGAGCAAGCAAGGCGGUUGGUUGGUUCUUGGGGCGGAACAGCUGUAAGGCGCUUUGAGGUUGAAGCCAUGAAGCUGGUAGCAAACUUGGACUGCUGUGGAACCCCCUUAUACACAGACGAAGACAUCAGAGCCCGAAUAUACCACCGCUACCUUCAUUUUGGUGGUCUGCGACAUAAAUAUGAGCUACCAGACAUGCUCCCUCAAUCAUCCCAUACAGUUUUUACGCACGCUGACAUUGCCCCACGGAACAUCAUGGUUGAUGACCAUUAUCGCAUUACCGGCAUCCUCGACUGGGAGUAUGCCGGCUGGUACCCUGAUUAUUGGGAGUAUGGGCAGAUCAUGAGGCCCGCUUGCCAGACGGGCGAUUGGCAGAAAUGGAUGGAUCUCACUGCGCCCCGUAAAUGGGAUAUCUUGGGAAUAGCAGCCGCGAGACGAAUUCUAUUUUGA